ACCCGAUAUUAAAUUUAUAAUUCCACCAGAAAUUUUCAUAGAAAUAUGUUUACAUCUUGCACCACAAGAUCUUUAUUCACUCUCGACAGUAUGCAAAUAUUUUCGAAAUAUCUUAUGGUCAACUUCAACUGCUACACAAUCCAUUUGGGAAAGAUCGAGAAUCAAAAAUUCAAGUUAUUUAAAAUUACCACCACCAUUUGAUAUGUCAGAACAAGAAUAUAUUUGGUUAACUUUAUUACCAAAAAAAUGUCAAUUUUGUUCCAAACCUUAUAAACACUAUUUAUACAAUAUUUGGCCUUCUAGAAUUGUUGCUUGCGAAUCAUGUUUUAGAAAAAAUACUAUUCAAACCAUAAGAGACGAACGACCAAGAUGUAUUCCUCGAGAAAUCUUUAGCUGUAUUCCUCAUACAAGAUUUUUUUAUUAUGAAAUCUUUGUAAUUUAUUGGAUUCAAGAUAUAGAACAUGCAAAAGAGGAAUAUAAUUCAUUAGAUAAAAGUCAAAGAGAAGAAUGGAUUAAAGAACGAAGAGAACAGGUUAAUAGAGCUAAAGAAAUAUUAUCUUUAUAUUUUCAACAAGACUAUCAGGAGGUAUAUAAAUGUGGCGUUUUUAAUCCUCGUCGUAUCGGUAGUAAUAACGAACUUCGAAAAAAAUUUUAA